ACAGAGUAAAACUAAAGAGCAUACGCAAUGGAAGUGGAAAGAGAGCCUUGUGAGGAGCCUCCUCCAACAAUGAUGGAAGAGGAAGAAGCAGAAGCCAUUCCCGUAGCAAAGGAGCCUCCAAGGAUCCACCGUCUAGACCAGUCGGUCGUCAACCGCAUCGCCGCCGGAGAGGUCAUCCAGCGGCCGGUCUCCGCCGUGAAGGAGCUCGUCGAGAACAGCCUCGACGCCCACUCCACGUCCAUAAAUGUCGUCGUAAAAGACGGCGGCCUCAAGCUCAUUCAAGUCUCCGACGACGGCCACGGCAUCAGAUACGAGGACUUGCCCAUACUCUGCGAGAGGCACACUACAUCGAAGUUGUCAGAAUUUGAAGAUUUACAGUCGAUAAAGUCGAUGGGGUUCAGAGGAGAGGCGCUGGCGAGCAUGACCUAUGUGGGUCAUGUUACAGUCACCACCAUUACUGCGGGUCAGUUGCAUGGUUACAGGGUAUCUUAUCGAGAUGGUGUCAUGGAGCAUGAACCAAAGGCUUGUGCUGCUGUAAAGGGAACUCAGAUAAUGAUUGAAAAUCUAUUUUAUAACAUGACUGCCCGGAGGAAAACGCUGCAAAAUUCAGCUGAUGAUUAUCCAAAGAUUGUUGACCUGCUAAGCCGAUUUGCCAUUCAUCACAUUAAUGUGAACUUCUCUUGCAGAAAGCAUGGAGCUGCCAGAGCGGAUGUUCAUACAGUUGCCACAUCUUCGAGACUUGAUGCAAUUAGAUCUGUCUUUGGGGUCUCAGUUGCUCGCAAUCUUAUGAAAAUUGAAGCUGCAGAUGAUGAUGUUUCUAGUUCAGUCUUUGAGAUGGAUGGUUUCAUCUCUAAUUCAAAUUACAUAGCAAAGAAGACAACAAUGGUGCUUUUUAUCAAUGAUAGAUUGGUUGAGUGCACCGCACUAAAGAGGGCCAUUGAAAUUGUUUAUGCUGCAACCUUGCCCAAAGCAUCAAAGCCGUUCAUAUAUAUGUCAAUUGUAUUGCCAUCUGAACAUGUUGAUGUAAAUAUACACCCCACCAAGCGAGAGGUAAGCCUCUUAAAUCAGGAAGCCAUUAUUGAGAAGAUACAGUCUGCAUUUGAAUCAAAAUUGAGAAACUCUAAUGAGGAAAGGACAUUUCAGGAACAGACGAUGGAACCCUCUUCAUCUGGUCCUAAGGAUACACGCAAGGAUUCCGAUUGUAGCCCCAAACUAUCUGGUUCAAGGUCACAAAAAGUCCCUGUGCAUAAAAUAGUUAGGACUGAUUCACAGGAUCCUGCUGGAAGGCUGCAUGCUUACUUGCAAGUUAAGCCUCAGAGUCAUCUUGGAAAAGAAUCUGAUUUAACUGUUGUGAGGUCUUCUGUUAGACAAAGAAGGAACCCAAAGGAAACUGCUGAUCUUACUAGCAUUCAGGAGCUUGUUUCAGAGAUUGAAGGAAAUUCUCAUUCUGGUCUGCAGGACAUUAUAAAAUACUGCACAUAUAUUGGAAUGGCAGAUGAUGUUUUUGCAUUGCUUCAGCAUAAUACUCACCUAUAUCUUGUAAAUGUGGUAAACUUGAGCAAAGAGCUCAUGUAUCAGCAAGUUCUGUGCCGGUUUGCCCAUUUUAAUGCUAUACAAAUAAGCAAUCCUGUUCCCUUGAAAGAAUUAAUUAUGCUGGCUCUGAAAGAGGAGGAUUUAGAUCAACAAUGCGAUGAGAAUGAUGACUUGAAAGAGAAGAUUGCAGAAAUGAACAUGGAACUACUCAAGCAAAAAUCAGAAAUGCUAAAUGAGUAUUUCAGCCUUAGCAUUGAUCUAGAUGGGAAUUUAUCUAGGCUUCCUGUCGUACUUGACCAGUACACACCUGACAUGGACCGCGUCCCAGAAUUUAUACUAUGUUUGGGCAAUGAUAUUGAUUGGGAGAAUGAAAAAAGUUGUUUUCAAGGAAUUUCAUCAGCUCUUGCAAACUUUUUUGCUCUGCAUCCUCCAACAUUGCCCAACCCAUCAGGUGAUAAUUUUCAGUUUUACAAGAAGAGACAAUCCUCUAGGAAUCCUCAGGAUGAGGGAAAUUCCUCCAAUAGUUUAGUGGAUGAUGUUGUAAUUGAAGAACAAAUUGAUCAUGAACUGCUUGCGGAGGCAGAAAAUGCAUGGGCCCAGCGUGAGUGGUCUAUCCAGCAUGUCUUAUUUCCAGCUGUGAGACUCUUCUUCAAACCACCAACUUCAAUGGCUACAGAUGGAACAUUUGUCCAGGUAGCUUCACUGGAGAAGCUUUACAAGAUCUUUGAAAGAUGUUGAUUGAAACAGCUCUGAUCAACCUUAUUAGAGAAAUCAAAGCAACUAUGGACUAGUAUCUUGGCACCACCUGGUUCAGCAUGCAGUUUGAUUUGCCUCUCUAUCGACCACUUAAUUGCUUUGUUAAUGUGCUGAAAAAGAGGUUAUAAAAUGCAUGAUCAUUCAAUUCUGGGAGGUUUUGCUCAUCCAUCUUCUUCUCCUAGCAUGUAUAUAGGAUGUUCUGUAGAUGGGCUUUUGUUUAAAAUGGAAAACCAAAAAUCUCUGGGAGAUUUUACCUUAUUGUUUGAUGGUAAUUGAGCCAGGCUAUUGUAUUAGCGGUAGGCUUAAUUCCAGAUUAGUAGGCUUAAUUCCAUAUGGUCAUAUAUGGAUAUCAUGUUAAGUUUUUUAGAUUAAUCUAGAAAUUGUUUGUGAGACCAA